UUUGAAGGGUUGGAAAGCAAAACAGCCUAAGUCCUACUUAGGCUGUUUUUGUAUAAUUACAAAAAUAGAAAGUACUCUUUAAGCUCUAUUACCUAAAAUAUAACUUUUCCCGGAUUUAAAUGAUUUUUAACCAGAAACAGCGUCUCAAAAUAUGAAAGAUUGUGCAAAAAUGACCUUAGUCAUACUUAGGUCGUUUUCGCCUGUAAGUACUCUAACUUAGGUUGUUUUGCACCAUAACUCUUCUACAAAGAAGACAAAAAAAGACAUCGAAGCACAUGGUGUCCUAAAAGGGUCGUCUCCAUAUUGCCGAAUUCUUGACUAUAUAAGAUUUCUGAUAUCCGAUGAACAGACUUCCUCUUGAAGUUUUAGUUGAGAUAUUUCAGUAUCUUCCACCUUGCUACAUCAUAAGAGAUGUAGCUGCUGUCAACAGACAAUGGUUGAACAUAUCUCAGAGUAGAUUGUUAUGGUCCAAACAUUACUACCUUGAUCUUCAGCUUUGUGACUGCCGGUCUAAAAGUGAGGAACACAUAGAUUUUUCAAACUACUUACCUCUAUGCACAAACGUGACAAAACUACUGCUCACAACAGUACAUGUGUCCUCUAUGCAGUGUGUUGGCCUAAUGAAAAGUCUGAAAGAACUAACAGUCUCAGGAUGGACAGACUAUGACGCAUGUGAUGUUUGUCAUGGUAUUGAAAUGUGUUCGCGUUUAACACACCUAAAAACUCAUGGGCUUAUAGAAAUCAGAGAAGAGGAUCAAGUUGAAUUUGUCAAUGCCAUGCCAGACCUUCGAUCUGUGGAAAUUUGCAACUCUGCACCUAUAUCUGUACUGAAAGCACGUCAGAUGUUGAAUGGAAACAAAAAUCUGGCCUUUUUGGGGAUUUUUCCAAAUGAACAAACAUUUGAAUGGUCUCAAUUAGUGAAUGAAUAUGUGGGUGAAGUGUGUUUUGGACAUUGUAUAAUGCAGUUCAUCCCAGAUUCUCUUCUAACUCAUCCCCGAUGGGUUUACUCAAUAUCCUAUCCAAAGAGAUUACAGGUUUGUGACAAAAGUGAGUCUGCCUGACUGACGUAUUGUUUUGGGAUGUAAGUCAUGGAGAAACUUACAACCGCUGAAGUUGUCCAGAUGCUAUUCGACGAGGAUAGUGGAACUGACGAUCAGAGUGGUUCAGUGGCAGAACUUCUUGAUGAUGGGAGUGAGACUGCAAUAACAAAUACUGUUAACUGUGUUCUUGAGAGGGAAGAAUGUUCAGAUAAGGACAUGACAUCUGAUGAUACUUCCUCUGCACAUUCUGACACGAACGACUCAGAUUAUGUUCCUGAUUCCCAAGACUCCUCUAAUGAUGAACCUCUGCAGAGUCCCAUGAAUUAUCAGACCAAUAUCUUGACAGAUGUGAUUCAUUCUGUCGCAGAUGACUCAGUUCCAUUGCUUGACAGUAAUAUAGUUGCUGCGCAAGUUGAUGUUCAGGACCUUGAAGGUGUUGGUGUUUUAACAGCAGUUGAUGCUUCCUCUGUUCCACAUCACAGUGAGCUUGUGCAGGUAGCGAAUGAUAAAACUGAAGGGAGUCAUGACAUAUGCAUGAAGAGACGACGUACUGCAAAUCCAGACACUUGGAAAAGAAACAUUCGAAAGAGGAAAAGAUCCUUAGGUCAUGAAUAUCUAAAUUAUAAAAAUCAGAUGGUUCCAGCAAAAGGGUUGAUUCCGAAAAGUUGUCGAAAAAUGUGUUUUGAGAAAAUGGAGGAUAAUGCAGACACCAUUUUUGAGGAAUUUUACAGGAUGGCCUCCAAAAAGGAUCAGGAUCGGUAUCUUUUUGGAUUGAUUGAUCGUGGAACAGAAAAAAAACAGUUCAGAAGCAGAAGUAAUGCAGAAGGUACAAGGAAGCGAUCAUGUCCAUUUAAAUACCAUGUGAAACUGGCAGGUGGAGAGAGAUUUGAAGUUUGCUAUGGAUGUUUUCUGCAGGUUCAUGCUAUUGACAGGGCACGGGUACGACAUCUUAUGGACACUGAUAAUCCAAUGUCACCUAAUCCAGACAAACGUGGAAGUCACACACCUAAAAACAAAACACCUGAUGAUGUUAUCUUGAAAAUCAGGAACCAUAUUGCCAGCUUUCACCCUCUGAAGUCUCAUUAUUCACCAAAUGACAAUCCACACAAACAGUACUUGCCUGCUAAUCUCAACAUUAGAAGAAUGUGGAGAAUAUGUGUAAAAGAACAUGAACCCGAGGCAUGGGAAAGUAUUCUGCAAGGUGAAAAGUACAAAGGACAAAUUCCAGAACAACAAUACCGGAAAAUAUUUAAUGAGUACUCUCUGUCCUUUGGAUACCCAAGAACUGACACAUGUGGAACAUGCGACUUGCUGGAAGCCAAAAUAAAGGUUAUGGAAAAUGAUCAGGAGAAGGCAACACUGGUAGAAGAGAAAACUGUGCAUGUUACUUAAGCAGAUCAGUCAUAUGCUGAAAUGAAAGAAGACAAACUUCAAGCAAAAGUUUCCUGGAACGAUACACAUCGCACCUUCGAUGAGGAAACUUUGUGUUCAAGGGCCACUGUGGACAUGUAUUCAUUUGACUAUCAACAGAAUUUUAUGCUUCCAAACCUUACUCACACAGAAAUGUAUUAUAGCAGACAGUUGAACGUGUAUAACUUCGGGGUACAUGAUCAUGUCAAUGAUGAUGGUAUUAUGUGCAUCUAUCCAGAAACUGUUGCCAAAAAAGGGGGUUCUGAGGUUGCUUCCUGUUUAAGAAAGGUUCUUCAGGAAAGGAAAACUGGAGCCAAACAGUGUGUAUUCUAUUCAGAUGGCUGUGGCGGACAAAACAGAAACCAUGACGUUGUUUGCUUUUUUCAGAGUCUCAUUCACAGUGGUGUUUAUGAACGAAUAGACCACAAGAUACUGCUGAGGGGGCACACUCGUCUUGCAAAUGACAGAGAUUUUGGUCUCAUUAAACAAAGAGCCAAAGUUGAGAGUAUCAUCACUCCAGGUGAUCUCAGUGAUGUUAUACAAUCUGUCAGAGUUGGUCCUAGCCCAUUUUCAGUAACAGAAAUGAAAAGCCAGGAUUUUAUGGACUAUCGCAAAUUAAACCAAGCUAGUAUUAAAUCAACUUUCAAAGAUCAGAACGGUGCAAAGGUUGCCUUCUCAAAGAUAAGGUGGUUCAGCUAUGGAAUGAGCGAUGUGAAAGAUUUUCUGACAGGCGAAAUAAAACAAAUCUCACAUGAAUCUGAAGUGUGGUGUAGGUACACCCAUGACCAUAGUGAAGCCUGGAAGAAGGUACAUGUGUUAAAGCGAAGUGCCUUUUCACAAAAUCUGUCACGGAAGUAUUCAGACCUCGUCAAACUGAAAAAAACCAAGUGGGCAGACAUCAGCAAACAACUGCCUUAUAUUUGUGAUACAGCAAAACGUGCCUUCUUUGAAUCUCUCCCUCACGAAGACGACAAUGAAGAGAAUCAGGAUGAGGAACAAGACUAUUGUGAUGACAGCGACUAGACGUUUUGAAAAGCACAAUAAAAGAUGUGAAUGUGCUGUGUAUUUUGCAUAAUUCAAGAAUGUUCACAGCGGGAGCACAAUGUAUUGCUGAUGGUAUUUUAAGGUUUUUGCAUUUCAUGUUAUACUGUUGGAUAUUUUUUUGUCCUAUUAAGGCUUAGUUUGGACAGAUUUAAUGAUUGAAUUAAAAGAGUGUUGAAGUGUUUUAGAGGCAGAGCAAAAGAACUAAGUUCUUUGUAUUUAUUUUAAUCAGGGAUUGCUCAAAGCAGUAGCAAAAGUAUUAAUUUUAAGUUUGUGUUUGCAUUUAAAUUGAAUGAAGUUAUAAGAUGAAGAUUUUAAUAUUCGUUUUAAUGUUGAACAUUUUGCUUGGGAAGUGGUAGUUAAAGGUUUAUAGUUACUGUUCAUGCUAUUUUGCGUUGAGAACGUUGUAAGAGUUACAUAAUUAAAAAGCACCAUCAGGGAAAUGAUACUGGGGAUAUAACCUGUACAAUGCAAGUGUUCAUGAUGCACCCUCUUACGGUGUGUAUUUAGCAGAGGAACUACCAAAGAACAUGUAUUGAAUGAUCCCCUCUUGAAUAAAGAUGCUUUACUAUUUCAAAAACUGUAUAUUUAUCUUCUGCUUAUGAUUGAUAGCGUAUUGAUGUUUGGUGAUGCUUCAUUGACUACUAGAAUAUCAUGUAGAAAUUUUAUAUGGAAACUAUUGUGGUUUAUCAAAUAUUAUUUUUCUCAUAUAAUUAUGACGAAUCUCAAGUGAAACAAGUUAAAAUAUGAUUUUAAAAAGAAAUAAUUUUGACUUAGGUUGUUUUCCUACAGGAUUUUAAUGACUAAGGUUCUUUUGCAUUUGAAAAAUUCCUUGACUUAGGCUAUCUUGCCUUAAUCUUUUUGCAUCAAAAUACGAUAUUUUCCAUUUUCCACGAUAUGAACAAGUAACUCUACUGUUCUCUACCAUGGUUAUAAUUGUUUUCUUUUUUGCUAAACGUUAGCAGAAAUACUUUUUCAUUUCCUUGUACAAUUUAAAAAGUACCGUUUUUUGCCUCUCCUGUAAAGUUGCAAAAAGUGACUUAGGCUGGUUUGCUUUGCAACCCUUCAUUUGUAUUACUGGACAUAGAUAACAUUUACUUGAUUUAUUGCUUUUCGUAUAUUAUAACAUCUUUGACUUUAUAUUGUAACUAUAUACGAUCACCUGCGCUCCAUCAAUAAACGGAAUCAAAACUC